GCGGGCCCGACCUUACCAGAUCCAAAUCGACCAGCAUGGACACAGCAGCCGCGCUCGUCUCGUCUCUGCCACUGCCGCUGACCAUGGACGCCACCUCGCUCUUCCAGUGGGUCGUGCUGCUGGCAGCCAUCGCCAUCACCUUUCUCCAUGUGGCCCGGUCGCGCCAGGCCGCGCCGACGCUCAAGGGUCGCCUGAAGCGUCGCAUGUCGACGCUCGGCUGGGCGACCAAGGAGAGCGAGACCGACUCAAACCGGUCGAUUCCGCUCACGAUCACAGUCCUCGACGGGAUCGUUGCCCGGGAGACGCUCGUCGCCCACUUCCAGGAGCGCAUGAGCUCGGACAAGGCGUUCUUUUACCGCUUCAUCUCGCGUGUCGAGGACGGCAACUUUGUCGUCGACCCCACGUUUGACGCCGACCACCACUUUGUCGAGCACGUCCUUGUCGACAACGAGACGCCGCACGACGUGGCCGAGUCGCUCGCCAACAAGGAGCUCGACCCGUCGCUGCCGCUCUGGGCCAUCACGGUGCUGCACCAAAACGACCAGACGUGGCUCGUCUGGCGCAUCCACCAUUGCAUUGGCGACGGUGCGUCGCUCGCGCUCGCGCUCUUCAAGCUCAGCGACGCCACCGAGAUGCCAGCCCUCCCGACCGUCGCCGCGCCCACGACCAAGCCGCCGCGCACGCCCUUCUACGUCGUGCUCGCAUCGAUUCUCUGGUCGACGUUUCUCUAUGUGCGCAAGUUUGCCAACAUGGUCCUCUUCCCGGAACCGCGAACUGUCCUCAAGCAGACGGGCCAUACGCACAAGCGGCUCGGCUAUACGCUGGCCUUUUCGAUCGCCGACACGAAAGCCGUCGGGAAGCACUUCAAGGCGACGCUCAACGACGUGCUCGUCUCGUGCAUUGCCGGCGCGCUGCGCAAGACGAUCGAAGCCGAGUCGAAUGCGCCGGUCACACCGUCGCUCUCGCUGCGCGCUGCGAUCCCGGUCAACAUGCGCGGCCUCCGCGCGAUCGACGCCACGUCCAACGACUUUAGCUCGCUCAUAGUCGACUUGCCGAUCGGAGAAGCCAACCCGUCGACGCGCAUGACGCUUGUGGCGCGGCGUCUCGCCGAAGCCAAGUUUUCGCUCGAGAAGAACUUUACGCGCCUUGUGAGCCUCUUUAUUAUGAAUUUGCCCCGCGACCUCAUGCGCCACGGCGUGCACUGGUCGGCCUCGAACGUGUCGAUCGCGAUCACGAACGUCCGUGGGCCGCCGAUGGACAUUUUCUUUUGCAGCAAGCGCGUCUCGGCCUCGUAUGCGUUCGUACCGCCGCCGCCGAGUGUCAACGUUGGCGUCGCGAUCACGUCGUGGGGCGCGUCGCUCGGCGUCACGGUCCUCAUGGACACGUCGAUCAAGCAAACGCCGACCGCCUUUAUUGCUGGCAUCGAAGCCGAGUUUCAAGCGCUGCGCGCGAGCCUCAAGCUCGAUUAAAUUUGAAUAUGCGACCAUUACUUUAUUUCAACACGAUGCCACCUGGUAUAGUAAAACUUUGAUUUGUGUCAGUGAGA